UUCCGCACUUCCGGUUAGCCGCAGAGCUCCCUGUCCCCUCCUCCCCUGGAGCACUGGCGCGCGGACACUAGGACACGCCCAGGAGAUUGCACAUGGCUUCCCUGUCGGCAUGACGCGCGAAGCCGAAGCGGGCCCGAAUCCUGCUGCAACGGAUCAGUGAUUUUGCUGCUGAUUAGUUUCUCUCCCGCAGUCACCAUCGUAGCAAACUGAACGUCAGCUCGUGUGGUCUUCAGUAGGCGAACCAGCUGGACUAGGCGUCGGCAACCAGCCUUCUUAGCUACUCUAGCAUAAAUAAGCACUCCUCUCGAAUCCUUCAAGUGCCGGAGUUCAUAAGAAAAGAGGAUAAAAAGGUCCGGAUUAUGGAUUUGAGCCUUCAGCAGCAGCAGCAGCAGCACGGUGCAAUGCCUGGAGGUACUGCAAGUUACUAUUACCACCGUGGAUCAAUGGCCUCUCCAUCCCAGCCUGUGUUCCAGAGCUCUUCCCUGACCAUCACCAUGGAGAACACCAUCUGAUGCAGCACCAAGCCUUGGCUAAAGGAGACUACGUGACUGCAUCGAGCCUUCGGCACUUCCAACAAUCGCAGCAGCAGGGCCAGAAUAGCUCGCCGACGUCGCAGCAGCAGCUACAGGCAUCGCUGGGCCUGGGGCAGAUCGACCAGCAUGGCCACCCCCUGCCGGUGCUGCACCACCAGCAGUUCCACCAUGUUAGUAUGGCGCAAUCAGCCCAAGCAGCAGCGGCAGCCGCUGCUGCAGCUGUAGCUGCUGCAACUGCGUCCGGCUUCCCACCCCAACGAGGCGAUCAGCAGCAGGAUCCAGAUCAGGAUCAGCAGGGCGAGCAGGAGCGGCAUCAGGAUCAGCAAGAGCAACGGCAGCAGGAUCAGAACCAGCCGCGCCAGUUGAGGGCGGGGUCGCCGCAGCAAGGCGGAGCGAUGCAGGCGGCGGAUCCGCAACAGCAGGCGCAGCAGGCGCAGCAAGCGCUGCAGAAGCGCAAGGGGCAAGGCGAUCCCGCGGCGGGAUCCGCGCUCCACGCGUGCAGCGCGCCGACGGACAUGGCGGGGAACCCGUUGCGCCGAACGCUGUGGAUCCGCUUCAAACACGGGCGGCCAACGGAGGUGGAGCUGGAGGAGGACGAGCUGCACAUCGAUCACCUGAAGAAACGCCUGAAGCUGCUGUUUCCGAAAAUGCUGGGGCAUGUGGAGGUGUUUGAGUUCUCGAUACGGCACUCUGCUGCGGACCACGGCUGUGUGCCCGAGGAUUUCCCGUUGGACCACCUGAGGGAGGGCAACCGCGCCGCUGCUCCACUGCUCGUUGACGCGCCGGAGCCAACUCCCAACCUUGCAUCUGCUGCCCUGGUUGCAGUGGCUCCGCCGGUGUGUCUCGACCCAGCAGCGGGCCCGGGGGGGGUCAACCUCUCCUACGUGGUGGAUGGCGGCCGCGACGACGCGUUUGGCGCCAUGGGCGCGGUACCAGGCUCGCUGUCGGGCAAGGGAAUAGGCAUGGGCCCGGGGGGCAUGGGCGGGGGCGGCAUGCACUGCGAUCCUGAUGAGAUGCGGGGGCUAUUCCACCCAGAGGCUGCAGCGCCGCCCCCAGCGGAGGUGAAGGUCGGAGGGAGGAAAAGGAAAAACGCUGCCGGGGGGGGAGGGGGUGGCGCUGGUGGGGCUGGGGGAGGAUCCCAGGGGAUGGCGCAUCUUGGGGGGAACGGCCUGACGGAGAUUUCGCCUAACAGCCGCAGCAAGAAGGCAGCGGACGGGCUGCACAAGGGGCAGAGCAUCAUCAUGCGCUACAACAACGAGGAUGUGGCCAAGGCCCGCAUUGUCUCAUGCGAACGGAGUGGGUUCUGCAAGGUGCGUCUGCACAGCUUGAUAACGGAUGGCAGCACGCUGCUGUACGAGAACAGCCUGCCCUCUGGUCUGCGCAUCCCCUUGAGCGAGGUGGGGUCUCAGGAGUUCCUGUGGCCACGGGCUGACUGUCGCAGGGACUACUACUCGUACAGCGAGAAAGCUGAUAACUCCCAGGCCUCUUCCUGAGCUCGGAUCUUCGUACACUUCCCACUUCUGCGCUCUCAACUGCCCUCUCGCUCUCUUACAAGUAACUGACCAUCUGGUGCUCCUGGUGCGCUCCCUGGUUCGCGCGACUUCUCCUCACCAGCGUUGUCACCUAGGCAACGGCUUUUACCAGCAUGCAUUCUCGCUUGCUUUCACGCUGUGGCUUCCUGCGAAGUGAGCAGUAAGAAAGUCAUCAUCUGGUCCUAAAUGCCUAAGCGAUUCCCUGCCACCCCUGCUCCCCCCAUCGCACGACUCAUCUCCGGUUGCCUCACUCUUGGCGCUACUCACCUCACCGGAUUUCCGCGCUACCCAUAUCUACGCGCGAUCUCAGGACUCCCUCAUCUUACCAGGCCGUCUAGACUUCCUCCCACCAUACCCAACUCAUCAUUGUCCUGUCUAGUACCUGGAGCACCCUGUGUUGAUCGCAUCAUGAUGACUGCUCCUCUUGGAGAUGACAGACUGACUUCUGGUCAGUUGGGAUGUGCUGCUGCCUCGUGAGCUUCAUGCCUUUUGCCGCAAAUUCCCUCCUGGAAUUUAGAUCUCCCAAUUCUCCCGCUUAGCCUUUCUUUGGGCCUAAAUCAAGGGUGCUAUGUAAUGGUUUUGUGCCCUCCUGUUUCUGUUGCAGCACCUUUCUGUGCUUCUGGUGUGAUACAGAUGCUAGCUUGGAAUGUUUGUGGGCUACAUGGGUGUUGGCUAGGCUGUGGUGGGAGUGACAAGCGUUGGGUGUGAGGCUUGUGCUUCGAAUGCUUGUAUUUGAUACCCCAUGUUUACUAGGUAUAGCAAGAAAUCAGCUAACUAUUU